AUGAGGGCGUGGGCUAUCCUUGCUUCAUGUCUUGCAGCCAUCGCUUGCCUCGGCUUGAUCGUCUACAAUAACACCGCCCACCAGACAAGCUUGCAGCAAAAGAAUGUUGUGUACUACAGACAGAACAGGAUCAAUUCUCUCCCCGUAGCUGUUGCAAGACCGUUGGCAGCAAAUCAGCACAUUGCCAACGCUCAUUAUCAACAGCGCUCGAUUCAGCAUUCUGUCGAUCGCCGCUUCGGGAAGAGAUCUGAUGGUGCGGGCAUUGCAGCAAAGCGAGCCAAGGAAGAAGCGGAGAAAGAUUAUCUCAAAACGUACAACAUGGCGAUCCAGGCCGAAAAUGCGGAGGAGACUCAGGAGCGCAAGUACAGGGCGUUGAGAGCUAAGCAUGAGCAAGAGAGAACGAAGGUUUUCAACGAGUUGAAGAACAGAGCGAACAAGAAGGAAGGGUGGGACAAGCUGGAGCGCGAGAUGGGAAUGAUCAUGGACGGUGUUGACGGCCUUCACUACAAGGGAUACGCGCGUGGCCAUUGA